GUCAUAGAGAGUGCGUAGAGCGCGCGAGGGUGGGGACAGAAACAAGGCUCUCUGUCUGGUAGAAAAUGUUAUUUUAUUGUAUAACAUGUGAAGGGUUUUGUUGUUUGAUGCAGUGUUUCCACUGUAGUUUUAAUCUAACGUAAUAAUUCACACACGGCGCGAGUACGCUGUUAUAACAGAUAAUGAAACUAUAAAGUGCACUUAAAAGGGAAUGUUCGGCCAAAAACAAAAAUUAUGUCAUUAUUUAUUUCCCCUCGUGUAGUUUAAAAACUGUAUAUGACUUUCUUCAGUGGAACACAAAAUAAGAUAUUUUGAGAAAUGUCUCUUGUUGUUGUUUUCAUUCAUUUUAAGUAAGUGGGGUUCAAUGUUGUUUGGUUAUCAAAAAAAAUCUUCUUUUGUGUUCUGGAGAGGACAGGUUUGGAAUGAUAUAUGCGUGGGUAAAUAAUUAUUGAAUUUCUAUCAAGCUCUAACAAGUCUAUAGAGAAAAAUCUGCAUAAAUGCCUUAAAAACUAAUAAAUUACUUUUUGACCUUUGUAAUAAAACAUAUUUUAGGGACGCUAACGAUGAUUGGAAGAUAAAUUGAAUAAUUUCAAGAAUUCAAUUGUGUGGUGUGCUGUUGGAUUUCUAAAAAUAUCUCUGCAGGCAGGGAGAGAGGAUGAGGGUAAACACAUGAAUGGGAGGCGAUGACGUACAGAGACGUGUGCAUCAGAGAAUAGAAGCAGCAUCAUCCGUUGCUAUGGCAACAGUGACAUGGGGCCUGACGCAGACGCAGUGUGACUCAUAGGUAUACACCAGUUUGAGGCCUCAAGGAACACUGCUAAUGAAGUAUGAGAAUUCAUUCUCUAAGGAUACAGGCCCAUUGAACAGCAACAGGGAACACAAACACGUCUAAACCAGAUCUCAGCUGGGUGUUGGCACAGAAUGGACAGAUGAACAGAACAGAAUGGAAUGGAAUAGAAUCUUUGGUGAUAGAAUCUUGCACAUAUCCAGGGCGACAGGUGGCGCAGUUGCGCAUUCACCGGUUGAUCUCAGUUCAGAGGAAGAAUAGUACAGGAAGAAUCCUGGGAGAUGAGAUGGACCAGAAGAAGACGGUUAUUGUGACAGGUUUUGAGCCUUUUGGAGAACACACUGUUAAUGCCAGCUGGGUGGCAGUACAGGAGCUGAAGAAACUGGGUUUGGGUCACAAUAUAAACCUUCAUGUUGCUGAAGUACCUGUAGAAUAUCAGGCGGUCCAGACUCUUCUACCUUCACUAUGGAAGCAACACCUGCCACAAUUAGUGGUCCAUGUUGGAGUUUCUGGAAUGGCCACCACGGUAACACUCGAAGAGUGCGGUCAUAACCAUGGUUACCUGCGUGUUGACAACUGCAGUUUUUGUCCUGAAUCUCAUUGCUGUAUGGAGGGGGGGGCGGACUGCAUUCAUUCUGUCAUAGACAUGGAUGCUGUGUGCAGAAGAGUCAACUCCUCUGGGCUUGGAGUCACUGUGUCUGUAUCAAAGGAUGCAGGCAGAUAUCUGUGUGAUUACACCUAUUACACGUCGCUGUACCUGGGCAAGGGCAGAUCUGCGUUUGUGCACGUCCCCCCCCUUGGUAAGCCCUACAGCGCAGAGGAGCUUGCGCGCGCCCUCAGGGCCGUUGUUCUGGAGAUGCUGGAACUGAUGGAGCACAACGACGGGAGGAAACACUGCCUGCACGAUCAAUGAGACCUCGCUUAACAUGUAGCAUCGUGUGGGAUUCAGGGGUCCUUACACAUUCAGUGUCUUAACUUGUGUGCUACAUUAAAAGAGCAUUCAGCUGGUUUGAGAUACACCCUGUAUUUUAGACUCGAUCCAACAGUUGUGCUCAAACAGGAUAGGAGCACUUUUAUGGGGUAUACUUGAAACAUGCAGGGAUUGGUAUUGUGCAUGGAGUCCUUUAAAAGCUUUUAAAGGAACAGUUCAUCUAAAAGGGAAAAUUCUGACUCAUUUUUUUCUUAUGUGUUGUUGAACACAGAAAGUGACAACGAUAGCUGCUUGUGUAAUGUGAAUGGGGAUUGUGACUGUCGGGCUUUAUGGUGCUUUUAUGGGUUGUUUUAAUUUGGGACCUCGACAGCUUCAGACCCCAGUCACUUUUACUAUAGAGGAGUAGCCAGUGUAUUUUUAGACAACACACAUUUUGUGAAUAAAAGUCAGCCAUGAAUUUGGAACAAAUAAGUGUGAGCAAAUUUUAAUUUUAUGUCAACUAUUAGUUUAAGCAUUCAUUCAAAAUACUGGUGGUACUGGCUUUUCUGUAUUCGUUUUCACUGGAUCAUGUAUUUCUGCAGUAUACAGUGUUUAAAAAAGGUUUAUCAUCUGCAGCUUUCAAAUAUACCCCAACACACACACAUACUGGGCAGAAGUGCAGCCUCCCUGCACAUGAGCAUUUUUUUUUUCUCUAAGAGGAACAGUUCAUUUGUAGCAGAGAUCUGAGACUACAUCCAAGUGAAAGUAAUGUAGACUGAUUGGAUAGCAGAAGAUAUCAUCUGCCUGCUACCAUUGAGGAUACUAGUAUUAUUAAAGUGCCAAAGUCCACCAAAGUACAGUGUAUAUGGAAUAGGGUUACUGCCAUCAUAACUUCAGAAUCCAAAUAAUGCAUAAAAGUCCCCACCAAACACAAAGGAAACUAAAUAUGACAACUUUGUAGUAACCCAAGGUCUAUUGCUAUCAGUCUGCUGUACUUAAGACAUCAGGGCUGCUGUAUUCUCAACCAACUGUUCACAUUUGUCUUCACCAAUUAUAUAGUGUAAAAUUGUGAGACAAGUGUAGAAUCAUGUAUCUCAGUGGACAUUGUUCCAUAUUUCUUGUUAAUGGACAAUAUGAUAUUAUAUAUGUGACCCUGGAUCACAAAACCUGUCUAAAGUAGCACAGGAAUAUUUGUGGCAAAAGCCAACAAAACAUAGGCCUAUGGGUCAAAAUUAUAGAUUUUUCUUUUAUUCCAAAAAUCAUUAGGAUAUUAAGUAAAGAUCAUGUUGCAUAAGGAUAUUUUGUAAAUUUCCUACCGUAAAUAUAUCAAAACUUUAUUUUUGUGAGUGGAUGCUGCAAAAUCUCAAACAAAAAUGUCCAGAAACACACCUACAAGAUUCCAGAGUUUUAAAUAGUUGUAUCUCUGCCAAAUAUAGUCAUAUCCUAAUGAACUAUACAUCAAUGGAAAGCUUAUUUAUUCAGCUUUCAGAUGAUGUAUAAAUCUUGAUUUUGAAAAAUUGACCCAUAAGACUGGUUUUGUUGUCCAGGGUAAAUAUAAUUAUAAAUAUGUUAUAUAACUAAGUUUACUUUUUUUCUUUAGCUUCUAGCCUGAUUUUCUAAAGUUUUUACUGGAAUCAAGUCAUCGGUCAAACACAUUGGACCAAACAGGUGAUGCUGUGAAUCUUAACUAUUUUCUGUAAUGUUUUUUAAUGCUAAAAUCAUAAUGUCUCGAACACAGUGUUCUUUUCAGGAUUCCCAUGUUUUUAUUGUGUUACGUGUUCUGAUGUGUGGGUGUUUAAUGUGCUCGCCCUGAUGAUGUCUCCAUUCUUGUGAACAUACAAGUUUGCCUUUGAUUGGACUUUUCUUACUUUCCACACUCUUUUACAUACUGUAGCUGUCAAUAAAUUAUGUCUGGCUAUAAUAAUGUUUUAUUUUAUAUCCAAACAAGUUUUAAAGCUCUGUGAUCUCUAAUUCUUUAACUCUGUAUUAGUGGUUAUGAAAUUGACAAAUAAAAUGGACAGAGACUUUAAC